AUGGCCCCAGUUGCAACGGGAGAGAUGGCACCAAUGCAUCUACCCGUCUACAAGUCAAAGUAUUCCUCGGUCACUGCUUCUGUCUUGCAUGGUCCACGAGAUUUGCGAUUGGAAACAAGAACGAUCGAUGAGCCAAGUGUCGGAGAGCUGCAGAUUGCUGUCAAGCGGACCGGCAUCUGCGGGUCCGACGUCAGCUAUUACAAGAAGUUCGCCAACGGAGACCUCUGCGCGUGCCAUCCCCUUUCCCUAGGCCAUGAGUCCUCGGGCGAGGUCGUUGCCAUUGGACCUCAGGUCACUGGGUUCAAGCUUGGGGACAGGGUCGCUCUCGAGGUUGGCGUCCCUUGCGGCCAGUGCACCAUCUGCCGCAAGGGCAGAUACAACCUUUGCAAGCAGAUGAGGUUCAGGUCCAGCGCCAAAAGCGUUCCUCAUUAUCAAGGCACCCUCCAAGAACGGAUCAACCACCCGGCAGCAUGGUGCCACAAGAUCCCGGAUCAUGUGUCUUACGAAGCUGCCGCUCUUCUUGAGCCCCUGUCUGUAGCAAUUCAUGCUGUCAACAGGGCCGCACCCGAACCUGGGUCCACGGCAUUGGUCAUCGGUGCAGGGACAGUUGGCCUUUUGACCGCAGCGAUGGCUCGCCAGGCUGGCUGCGCACAAGUCACCAUCACCGAUGUUGAUGCCGGCCGAGUCAACUACGCAGUUGAGAAGGGCUUCGCCACCCACGGCCACGUCGUCAACAGCAACUCGGGCACUUCAACACCAGCAGACCCAGGAAGUGUUGCGAGCAAAUUUGAGGGUGCCAAGUCGUUGGCCGCAGAGAUCCUUGCUCUGACCAAGGUCCCAGAAGAGGUCGAAAUGGACGGCGAGGACGACGGUGUCGAUGUCACUUUCGAGUGCACCGGAAAGGAGGUCUGCAUGCAGACCAGCCUGUACGCCACGAGGCCUGGUGGCAAAGUCAUCAUGGUUGGCAUGGGCACUCCUGUUCAGACGCUCCCGUUGUCCGUCGCACAUCUACGAGAAAUCGACAUCCUUGGCAUCUUCAGAUAUGCCAACACAUACCCGACGGGUGUCCGUCUCCUCUGCGCCAAGGGCAACGGCGGCCUCCCCUGUUUGGAUGACAUGGUCACCCACCGAUUCAAGGGCCUCCACAACGCGUCAAAAGCCUUUGAGCUGGCAAGCCGGACGUGUGAUGACGAGGGAAAAUUGGUUCUCAAGGUCGUCAUCGAGGCUUGA